CGAGGAUAUCUAUGGCUUUCCAUACUCUGCCAAGGCUCUUCUUGAUACACCGAGGUCCGCUCUUGAAUUGAGACUAAUUUUAUCUGAUCAAGUUACACAUCAUCUUUGUCACUGGGACGCCAGAGAAAUCAUCAUGUUGGACUUUGCAAUCUUUGCUGUGACUUUCAUAAUUCUUCUAGUUGGUUUGCUCAUCUACAUAUAUCCUACAACUCCUCAAAAGACUACAACUGUACCUGGGCUUGAACCAUCAGACCCGGUGAAGGGCAACCUAGAUGAGAUCGGUGAUGCUGGGAGCCUGCAUCAGUUCCUGACGAAGCUUCACGCAGAGCAUGGAGACAUUGCGUCGUUUUAUUUCACCGAUCAGCUGUGCGUCAGCAUAACGUCUCCAGAGCUGUUCAAAGAACACCAGGCAGUCUUCAACAGGCCUGCCCUCUUAUUCAAGCUGUUUGAACCGUUGAUUACACCUGACAGCAUCCAGUAUGCAAACGGGGGUGAUGGUAGGAAGAGACGAGACUUAACCGACAGAUGUUUUGGAUUCCAAGCACUCCAGAACUUCAUUGGGGUCUUCAACAAGAUCACAGAGCAAUUGGUGAAGAAGAUUUCAGCCCUUCCGCCCGGAGAGCACAUUUCUCUGCAUGGCACCGGUCUUGGUCUUGCGAUCAAGGGGAUCAUGUUGACCUCUUUUGGGGACUAUUUCCAGGAUGACAAGAGCAUUACCAGUUUCAGGAAAGACUACGACUUUGUGUGGGGUGAGAUGGAAGCCAGACUUGAUGGGAAUAUGCCAGAUGAAGGAAGUAACAGAGUGAAGACUUUUGAAGAAGCCAGAGAAAGAAUGUAUGCUACCAUCCAAGCUGUGAUCAAGUUCCGCAGAUCUAAUCCACCCAGUCAAGAUAAAGAAGUCUUCAUCGACGUACUCCUCAAGGCUGACUAUCCCCCAGGGAGACUGCAGGCUGAUCUGCUUACCUAUGUUAUCGGUGGAUUCCAUACUUCUGGGAACCUGUUUGCCUGGGCACUGUUCUUCUUGGCUGAAGAUGAUAAGAUCCAGGAGAAGCUUUACAAUCAUGUGAUCGACAUCGUGGGCAAGACAGGAGAGGUCAGCAUGGAAGACAUUGCAGAAAUGACGUACAUGAGGCAGGUUAUAGAUGAAACCCUACGCGUCUCCAUUCUUGCCCCUACGCUGCCAGGUACCAGGACUUUGACGUCGUCCUCGGAGGUCAUGUCAUUCCCAAGGGGACUCCAGUAAUUCAUGCGCUUGGUGUCUCGCUCCAGUCUGAGAAGUAUUUCCCAAACCCAAAACUUUCAAUCCAGAGAACUUCUCCGCAGCCAAUGU